AUGUCUAACCCACAACAACCCUCCGCCAACAUAUCGUACGACCCGCUACCGCUGACGACCGAUGCCGACCAGUACCAGAACGCCCUUUAUAAUGCCCCCGGUUCACCAGGACCGGCCUCGCCUAGUUUCCAGAACAUGCGCGAACUGGGAUCAACCUCGAGCCUACCGCCCGGUGCCAGUGCAGCGCAACCACGCUUCAUGGGCACUUACGAUGGCCACGCGGGCCCACGAGAGUCAUACGCAUCGUCUCAAUAUCCAUCUGGGGGUUCUGACUUCAAUGGCUCCGUCGUAGCCCUCAACGACACUUCUAUGGGGGGUCGAACUUUGACCGGGUCACCAUAUCGUGACGAGCCCGACAGUUUCAACGAACAGGGUCACGCGAUGUCACCUAUGGGACAGAGCAGUAGCCCUCGUUAUCUUGGAGAGAAGCAAAACCUCUACGCCGCACCGCGCGCCAAAUCCAGCAGGAAGGUCCUCAUACUAGCGGUUCUCGCUUCUCUCAUUCUCUUGAUUCUCGCCGUCGUCAUCCCAGUAUACUUCGCUGUGAUCAAGCCUAGAAUGCGAAAUAGCGACAACGAUAGCAGCAAUGAUUCUGAUUCAUCAAACUCGGACAAUAAUAACAGCCACAGUCCUCAGGCCACGGGCAAGCCUCAAGUUAAGAUUGUCACUGGAAGAGACGGAAGCGAGAUAACUACAGAAGACGGAUCUAAGUUCACAUACGAGAACAAGCUCGGAGGUUAUUGGUAUUGGGACGAGGACGAUGUGUUCAACAAUGGCGCCAAGGCUCAAUCGUGGACCCCCGCUUUGAACGAGACAUUCAGAUAUGGCAUUGACAAGAUCAGAGGUGUCAAUCUCGGUGGAUGGCUAGUCACGGAACCUCCAUACGCUGAUACGGCGACACCUGCUGUUGACGAAUGGACACUCACCGAGAAUCUGCGAAGGGACAACAAGAUGGACGUUCUGGAAAAUCAUUACAAGACAUUCAUUACAGAAAAGGAUUUCGCUGACAUCGCUGGAGCUGGGCUAAACUACCUUCGCGUCCCCAUUCCCUUCUGGGCUGUGGAGACGAAGCCUGGGGAACCCUUCUUGCAAGGCACAGCUUGGACUUACUUCCUCAAGGCUAUUCAAUGGGCUCGCAAGUACGGUCUUCGUAUCAACCUCGAUCUCCACGCUGUUCCUGGGUCACAAAAUGGUUGGAACCACUCUGGUCGCCUCGGGCAGACGAACUUCCUCAACGGUCCUAUGGGCAUUGCGAACGCUGAGCGUACACUUGAUGUCAUUCGGGUGAUGACUCAGUUCAUCAGCCAGCCUCAGUACAAGGAUGUUGUCACGAUGUUCGGUAUACUGAACGAACCCCAAGGCACGCAAGUUGGACAGGAGCAGCUCUCGCGAUUCUACAUGGAAGCUUACAACGUGAUCCGUGAGGUCACUGGUGUUGGCGAAGGAAAGGGACCUUACAUCUCUUACCACGAUGGCUUCUUCCCUCGUAGCACGUGGCCUGGCGUUUUCGGACAGGCUGAUCGCAUUGCUCUCGACUCGCAUCCCUACCUUUGCUUUGGUGGACAAUCCGACAAUCCCAUGUCUUCCUAUGCCAACGUACCUUGUCAACAGUGGGGUGCAAGCAUGAAUUCUUCCCUGGCUCAGUUCGGUGUCACGACUGCCGGUGAAUUCAGUAAUGCUGUCACGGAUUGUGGUCUGUACCUUAACGGCGUUAAUCUUGGGACACGUUACGAAGGAAACUAUCCCGGAGCUCCCAAUCGUGUUGGUAGCUGUACAGAGUGGACCGACUGGACGAAGUACACCCCAAAAAUGAGGGCAGACAUUAAACAGUUCGCUCUGGCUAGCAUGGACGCUCUCCAGAAUUACUUCUUCUGGACAUGGAAGAUUGGUAACUCGAGUGUUUCUGGAAAGGUCGAAACGCCAGCUUGGUCGUACUCUCUUGGUCUCCAAGAGGGAUGGAUGCCUAAGAACACUCGCGAGGCCGAUGGAACGUGUGGCAACACUGAUCCCUUCCAACCUCCUCUUGCGGCCUGGCAGACUGGUGGUGCAGGUGCAGGUAACAUCCCCGCCGCAACCGCUUCUGGUCUUUCUUGGCCUCCCCCAACUAUCUCCAACGCUGGUGCAGCAUCUCUGCUUCCCAGCUAUACCAGAACUGGCCCGAUUCCUACUCUUCAUGGCCCAACUUUCACCGGCUCAUCAAUGACUGCCACACCUAGUGUCGGCAACGGAUGGGCCAACCCGAGUGAUUCUGCUGGUUAUUAUACGGAGGUCGCUGGAUGUAGUUACUUGGAUCCAUGGGUAGGGCCCACUGCCGCACCGCCGUCACCCCUCUGCCCUGGCGCCCCAGCCGCUCGUCGUGCUGCCCCAACGCCUGCACCAUGA